AUGGCGUUGAUACGACGGAGAUGGAGUGGUAAAGCUUUGAAACUUGGCCAGCCCCGUUUCCCUGAGACAGGUAUUCUGAGAAAUGCUUCAUUCCAUAACCCUUACGAGCUGUUGGAUUUCAUGGAAAGAGACUUUUCUGGUCUCAGCAGCGAUAGGAAUCUCUCUUACAGAGAAAGAUUGAGAAGUGGGCUUGUCGACAUCAAGGCGGAUGAUGCUGUUACUCUGUUCCAAUCCAUGCUUAGGUCUCGUCCCCUGCCCUCUGUCAUAGAUUUCAAUAAAUUGUUUAGUGGCAUUGCCAAAACAAAAAGAUGGGUUGUGCAUGGAGAAGCGCCUAGACGAGGCCAGUCAGAUGUUGAUCUGAUGGUUAGCAAGGGAUGCGAUCCUGAUAUUGUGACUUAUAGUAUCCUUAUAAACGGAUAUUGCAAGGCUAAUCUAGUUGACAAGCCUUCCUCCAAAGGAGUGAAGCCCAAUGUGAAGACAUACACCGUAAUGAUUGGAGGACUAUGUAAGAAAGGCUCACUGUCCGAAGCUGACCUGUUGUUUAGAAAAUGGGAGAGGAUGGGAUUGCACCGUGGUACAUACAACACACUAAUCCGAGCACAUCUCGGGGGUAGUGGCCUAACCACUUCAGUUGAACUCAUCGAAGAAAUGAAGACAUGUGGUUCUCUGCAGAUGCUUCCACCAUAA